AUGUCACGAACUGUUCUGCCCCAUCCAAGCAAAGUCCAUGUAUUUCUGUCUAAGCUUAUGGGUGGGACAAUGGUUUUCUGGAUGCUGUGGAGAGCAAAACAUGACUGGGCAGACAUAGUGGUAAGCACAUGCUUGGGCCUUGUGGAGUACAGUACUAGAAUGUGACAACUGAACUGAGUCUAAACAAGUUCUAUUCGUUGGUUGACGACUCAAGUUAAUUUUUACUUUGAAUAGGAAAUGUGUUGUGUGGUCGAUAACUUUUUUCUCCCUUUAAGUCUGUUAUUCUCAGCUUGUUGCUUGUUUUUGUUCUUAAUUUUUUUUUGUAAUUAUGAAUGUAGUUAGGUACAAUAGUUUGUUGGGUCUAUGGAGGCCAGGUUCUACUGUUUCUGGAAAAGAAGUUGUGAGCUCCUUUAGUCCAGCUGAUUCCUAUUUGAUUGAUGUACCCGUUGUAGUUUAAUAUGAUUUCAGGUUGAAAAUGAUAUUAAGCUACCAGGAGUUUGAUUUGCAUGCUUUCUUUUCUCUUUGUGUUUUUUUCUUUGCUUGUUUAGUGUUUGAAAUGCUAUAAAAGAAAACUGAAAGUAAAAUUGAAUGUGCAAGUGGACUCCAGGGGUGCAAAAUGUUUCUUUUAGCUUGAAAUUAUUUAUAUUAUUUAUUUAUAAUUAAAUGUUUUAAUCAGUACCUAUUGCUGUUUUUAUUUGUAACAGAAUAAUUUUAUCAUUUUUUGCCUUGAUAAUGAUGUUAUUUUUAUGUUGAAAUGUUGUUGACUAGCCUUUUUUUUAGCUUUUUGAGUGUAUUAUAAUGUUUUUAUGAAAUAUUUCAUGGCAAUUUUUUUAAAAAUAUUUUUCUAAAUCACUUAUUCUUCAUCUUUGUGUAAAGACUAUGGAAAUGUACCAAGAACAAAGGAGAAAACAGAUGGAACUAAAGUAGAUUCGUUUGACCUGAAAUGGAUUUUUGAUCACUACCUAUACUUCAACAGUCCCCUCCCUGGAACAGAUUUUAGAUGCAGCUCAAAACUUUUAGUUGCAUGAAUUUGUGUGGUCAGCAGUCAACUGGAUGUCUUUGCAUUAUGUUUGCAGGGGCACAAAGUUAUGUUUGAAAUGGAAGAUGCAGAGAAAGCAAGAAAGAAGGGACUGGAACAUCAUUGA